CAUACACUGUACAAGCUAGUAGAACUAACACACCCGCAGCUAAUCUCCCGGCAACACACAGGCACAGCUGCCAGCUUCGUCGUUGCGAGCUAGCGCGAGCAGCAGAGAUGAAGAGCAAGGCGUCCAUGUUCCUGAAGCAGAUGCUGUCGACCAUCGUGGCCGUGGUCAAGGCCAAGUCGACGGCGGUGCGCGCCAAGACGAGCACCCUCAAGACGCGCCUCCUCGUCCUCGGCAUCCUCCGCAACAAGAAGCUCCUCGUCAGCGCCAUCAACCACAAGAUCCACGCCAUCAUGGGCCACCAGGACGACGCCCACGGCAGCACCAGCGCCGCCCAGGAAGCAGACGACAGCGACGGCAGCAAGAAGGCCAUCGUUCCCUACACCGCGCCGAGCUACGUGACGGAGCGCGACGUCGACGACGCCCAGGCGGAAGAAGAGGAGGAGGAGGACAGCGACGACGAGUACCUGACGCACUCGCUCUUCCGCGGGGAAGACGACGACGACGACGAGCUCGUGAACGCGCCCGGGUCGGUCAUCGACGUGGUGCGCGACGCCAAGGAGAAGGAGGGCGACGGCGCCGAGUUCCGGCUGGAGGACGAGAUCGACCACGUCGCCGACGUCUUCAUCCGCCGGAUCCACAAGCAGCUCAAGCUGCAGAAGCUCGAGUCCUUCAAGAGAUUCUGCGAGAUGAUGGAGAGGAGCGCCUGAAUGCCUGAUCCAUCCAUUAAUUGAUCUCUCCUUGAUUGAUUGAUCUCUCGGUUGAUUAGUCAGUAACUAUGCAUGGUGCUGGAUCUCUCCUUAAGCCAAGAUUAAUGUUAACUUGAUGGGAUGCUCCUAAAGUCCCAAGUAGAGAGAAAAGGUUAAGCCAGGCAGGCAAGAAGAUACUUUUCUUCUUGUUGUAGGGUUUUAGUAGCGGUGCCAAGGCCUACUUUAAUCACUACCCAUGUUCUUUUGUUCUUUAGUUUGGGGAAGAUUGUCAAGAUGCUCAAAUUUUGAA